AUGUCAAAACAAAUUAAUUAAGACCACCUUUAACAAAUAUAGGCUUUCAUUAAUAAGCAAGUAACUGGUUCAUCAGUACCUAUCGAAACAGAAGCAGAGAUGAAAGAAGUUAGAAAGCUAUUUUAGAAUGCCCAAAAUUUAUUAGCAUUAUUCAUAAAAGAAGCCAACACAGCAGAAAAAAGAACCUAAUUAUUUUAGGCUUUUGAGAAUUUAACAGAAAUAGCUAUUAAAUAUGAAGAAUAAAUUAAUUAAUUGAAAUUCAAUAACAGCAUCUUAAAAGAUGAUACAGAGAGAACCUCUUAGGAAAAUAUGAGAUUAAGUGAAUUGAAAGAGAAAUACAAUCAUGUUUGCAAAGAAAUUGGUGAUGCAGUUAACUAAAUUAAAAAAACAAACAAAUUAAUGGUUGAAUAGGAAGAAACACAAAGAUUGCAACUUGUUGAAAAUUUUGAAAACUCUUUAAAAGAUAUCACUUCAAAGAUAGAUGAAUAAGAUAAGGAAAGGGAGGAAAAAGAAAAGGAAAACAAUUAGCUCAAGGAGUAAUUAAAAUAACUCAUUUCAGAGUAUGAAGAAAAGGAAAAAACUUAUCUCUCAGGACUUGAAGAAAAAGAUGGUUAAUUUAAGGGCAAAGUAGAGGAAUUUAUGAAUCAAAUAAAAUCUGUUGAAACUGAAGCACAUCAAGCUCUCUAACUUAGAUCUGAAUUAAACUAGCUAGCCCAAAGUGAAACUGAAAAGAAACUUAAAAUCGCUAUCUAUCAAAAGAGAACAGGAGAUCUUGUAGAUAGUAUUAAAAAAACUAACUCCACAGUUACUUAAUUAAAAGAAACUUUAUUAAAGGUAUUUAAAAAUAUGAAGAUUCAAUAAAUUAAAACAAAUAUUUUAAACAAUAAUUUAGAUGUACUGGAAAUAGUAAAAGCUUUAAAAGCAACAAGAAUAGCUUGUAUCUCAUUCAUAAAAAGGAGAAGCUCUAUUAUUGACUUUCAUUAAAAAAGUAAUUGCAUAAAAUCACUAAAUUAAUUUUCAAUUGUAAAAAUUUAAUUUUUAUUAAAAUAGAAUUAAGAUGUUGAAGAUUAAAUAAACGAAGUAAAAUCAAAGAAAGAAGUUAUGAAAUAAAAAAUUCAAGAAAUACAAUCUAAAAUAAAAGCUCUUGCAUGA